UAGCCGGAAGUCCUUUUCAGGGAGUGAGGGAGUCCAGCCGUACACAUAUAACAGCGAAGAUUUCAGUAUGAAGCUGUACUGUUUAUCAGGACACCCGACUCUACCAUGCAAUGUGCUCAAAUUCAAGUCUACUACCAUCAUGUUAGAUUGUGGGCUGGAUAUGACUUCGACACUCAAUUUUCUUCCCUUACCAUUGGUUCAGAGUCCAAGGCUGUCUAAUCUUCCUGGCUGGGCUUUAAAGGAUGGAAAUACUUUCUUGGACAAGGAGCUGAAGGAAUGCUCAGGUCAUGUAUUUGUGGAUUCUGUGCCUGAGUUCUGUUUACCAGAGACCGAGCUAAUAGAUCUGUCUACAGUAGAUGUGAUCCUCAUUUCAAACUAUCACUGCAUGAUGGCGUUACCUUACAUCACGGAGCACACCGGUUUUACUGGGACAGUGUAUGCUACAGAACCUACUGUGCAAAUUGGCAGGCUUCUUAUGGAAGAAUUAGUGAAUUUCAUUGAACGGGUGCCAAAGGCUCAGUCUGCCUCCUUGUGGAAGAAUAAGGAAGUGCAAAGACUGUUGCCCGCUCCCCUCAAGGAUGCAGUGGAAGUUUCAACGUGGAGAAGGUGCUACACAACGCAGGAAGUGAACUCUGCUCUCAGUAAAAUCCAGCUCGUGGGCUAUUCGCAGAAAAUUGAGCUUUUUGGUGCAGUACAGGUGACUCCCCUUAGCUCUGGCUAUGCACUUGGAAGUUCCAACUGGAUUAUUCAGUCACAUUAUGAGAAGGUGUCCUAUGUCUCUGGAUCUUCCUUGCUCACUACACACCCCCAGCCCAUGGACCAAGCCUCUCUCAAAAACAGUGAUGUCCUCAUUCUGACAGGACUCACCCAGAUUCCAACAGCAAAUCCUGAUGGCAUGGUAGGAGAAUUUUGCAGCAAUUUGGCUCUGACAGUGCGGAAUGGUGGUAAUGUCCUGGUCCCCUGCUACCCAUCUGGAGUGAUCUAUGACCUCUUGGAAUGCCUCUAUCAGUACAUCGACUCCGCCGGCCUUUCAAACAUCCCUUUCUACUUCAUCUCUCCUGUUGCCAACAGCUCACUUGAGUUUGCCCAGAUUUUUGCUGAAUGGCUUUGUCACAACAAACAGACCAAGGUGUAUCUCCCAGAACCCCCUUUUCCUCAUGCAGAGCUGAUUCAGACCAACAAACUGAAGCACUAUCCUAGCAUCCAUGGAGACUUCAGCAAUGAUUUUAAACAGCCAUGUGUAGUUUUCACUGGUCAUCCCUCCCUCCGAUUUGGAGAUGUUGUACAUUUCAUGGAACUUUGGGGAAAAUCUAGUCUCAACACUGUUAUAUUCACAGAACCUGACUUCUCAUACCUAGAUGCACUGGCUCCCUACCAACCUUUGGCCAUGAAAUGUAUCUACUGUCCAAUCGAUACAAGGCUCAAUUUCAUUCAAGUGUCAAAGCUGCUCAAGGAAGUACAGCCCCUCCAUGUGGUUUGUCCUGAGCAAUAUACCCAGCCUCCCCCUGCCCAGUCACAUCGUAUGGACCUAAUGAUUGAUUGCCAGCCCCCUGCGAUGUCUUAUCGCCGUGCGGAGGUACUCGCCCUGCCCUUUAAACGCCGCUAUGAGAAGAUUGAAAUCAUGCCUGAGCUUGCAGAUUCAUUGGUGCCCCUGGAGAUUAAGCCUGGCAUUUCCUUAGCAACUGUUUCCGCUGUGCUGCAUACUAAAGAUAACAAGCAUGUUCUUCAGGCUCCUCCUAGGCCCAGCCAGCCCCCAGCCAGCAAGAAGAGAAAGCGAGUGAGUGAUGACAUCCCAGACUGUAAACUUCUAAAGCCCCUCCUGAGUGGCUCUAUCCCUGUGGACCAAUUUGUUCAGACUUUGGAGAAGCAUGGCUUCAGUGAUGUGAAAGUGGAGGACACAGCUAAAGGACACAUCGUCCUCCUCCAGGAGGCUGAGACCCUUAUCCAGAUUGAAGAAGAUUCAACCCAUAUCAUCUGUGACAAUGAUGAGAUGCUCAGGGUUCGGCUUCGGGACCUCGUGCUCAAAUUCCUACAGAAAUUCUAA